AGAGAAAGCACUGCGCUCGCAGUCUCCGUCUAACCGUCACGCGUACCGUGUACCCGCGCUUUUUUGACGUUUAUUUUUUUAAUUUAAACUUUUUAAUCAGUGUUGCAAUUGCACGGAUUCGUUUCAUCACAUUAAAAUGGAUAUAAGAUGGUGUUUAUUCCUGGCGUUGGUAGCGCUGGCGGCGCGCGCGCACGCCGCCGAGGAGGAGGAUCACGUGCCCGACAUGGGCAUUGAGGACGAAGAAGAAGACGAAGUCGCUCUGGACCAGGAGGAAACACGGAAUCUCCGGCCACGCGCCUACUCGCCCGGCGCCUUCUCAAACACUGUUCCUACUGGGUUCAGACCCACGCCGUCUUUAGCUGAGCUGGCUGGAUACCAACAAAGACAGCAGCCUCAAGAGCAGGAGGCAUACAUCGUGCAGCGGCAACAGCAGUAUCAGGAAGAGAGGCAACAAAGACCCGCGCCUCAGCGCAAGCACCCGCAACAAGAACAACGCCAAAGGCUCCAGCAGCAGCAAGAAGCAGAAGAAGAACUCGAAGAAGAGAAGGAAGAGCCCGACCGUCUCCAAGCCCUGCUGCAGCAGUCUAAGUUCGACUGCGGCAAUAAGCAGUCCGGGUACUACGCCGAUGAGGAGCUCAACUGCGAAGUGUUCCACUACUGCCAGGACGCCGUCAAGCACUCAUGGAUCUGCCCUGAGGGAUUCACAUUCCAUCAAGUCCACCUGAUCUGCAUGCCGCCAACCCACGACAACAUCUGUCAGAAAUCCUCGAAGUACCAUUUCGUGAACGAGUACCUGUACCGGCCCAUCAACGAGGAGGAGGUGCAGCGCAAGCCCAACGUGUCCCUGAAGUACUCCGACCGGUACUACCCCGCGGAGGUGUACAGGGACGACCGGUAUGACGGCGAAGAGGAGUCUGAGGAAGAGCAGGAAGCCCCCCGCCGCCAGGCGCCGCAGCAGCUGCAGCAGCUGCAAGCGCGGCCCUCGCCGCGGCCGCAGCAGCCCCAAGUGUUCCGCUCCGCCGAGGAGGUCAACAUCCCGCUAGUCCAGAGGCGCCCGCAGCGCCCCUACGACUUCGACUUCUAAACCGCCUGCUGGCCAGAACUUAGCUGUAAAAAGUAGCUCAGGAUAAUAGCUAGUAAAACGAAGACAGGCUGAAUUGAUUGUGAGCUGUCUUGAAUGCUCUGAUAAAUUCAGAUCGAAAUAUUAUCUGCCUCUCUAUCAAUCUUGCGAAUUCGAGCGCCUGCAGAGAGGCAGAUAGGGUUUUUCGACGUUUCGAUGUUGGCGAUAGGCCAUCUAAUAUCGCUGGUCUUAUUGUCAAUGGAGAUAUUAGAACUGAGUUUAUCAGAGUUGGGGGCCAGUUGUUGCUCGACUGUGCCACUCUCUCAGAUAAUAGUAUCUUACAGAAGACCACAGCAAUAACACUACUAUUUACAGCGUACUUGCGUAGGUAGGGGGUGUUGUGUAGGUGGCGAGUAUUAGGGUUUCCAGAGCUUCUAAGGAUGCUUGUGGAAACAUAAAACGUUACGUUUGGUUAUCAUGUUAUAAAAAGCUAUUAAAUGUCCUAGCUACUUUAUGGUUUCCUUGGUCAGACUAAGUAUCGUUUAUCGCUGAUGAAACAUUCUUCCGUCUCAGCCGUCGUCGUCAGCGAUACAGGGUAUUUUACUGUAGUGUAACACGUGCGUAUUCCAUAGAAAAAAAAAGUUGGCAGGUACAAUUACAAUGUUAUGUACUCUCAUGGAGGUUGUAAAAACUAUUAUAACCUGAUUUCAUUGGUUAAGACUGGAUUUCACCCAAUGGGAUGGGACUAUAUUGUGUUUGCAAUGUGUAAUUAGACUUUAAGUAUCGCCUUAGCCACAUCAUAAAUAAAUACUUCACCCUAUCUCCUAGGUAUCCAUUAUUUUAGACGACCGGUUUGGCCUAGUGGGUAGUGACCCUGCCUACGAAGCUGAUGGUCCCGGGUUCAAAUCCUGGUAAGGGCAUUUAUUCGUGUGAUGAGCAUGGAUAUUUGUUCCCGAGUCAUGGGUGUUUUCUAUGUAUUUAAGUAUUUAUAAAUAUUUAUAUAUUAUAUAUAUCGUUGUCUAAGUACCCUCAACACAAGCCUUAUUGAGCUUACUGUGGGACUUAGUAAAUUUGUGUAAUAAUGUCCUAUAAUUUUUUUUUUAAAUAUUUUGUACAGCAGAAUCGUCAGUUGAUAUUGAUACAUCACUGCUAGGGUUAAAUCUUAUUUAUGUUUCUGUACGAUAAAGUAUUUGUUCGUAAUAAGUUACAAAUUAGGUUUAAGCUAGUCUUUAUGUAAGGUUUAAAAUAAAAACAUGUUUUGUAAUAA